CGCUGAUCGGUCUGUAGUCACAUCUAAGGAUAUUUACUUGAAAGCACCAUGCUGAGAUUGUCCGCAUUUCUGUUGUUGGGGGCCUGCUCCCUAGAGGUCCUCGCCGCACCCGCUACCUACGGAGGAAGUUGGGCUAAAGGUGGUGGAAAUGGCGGAAAUGGUGGUUCUGCCGGGAUUCUCGGGGCUUCGAUGAACGGCGGCGGCAGCGGGAUGGGCGGCAUCGGCGCCGGAAAUAAUGGAGCUGGCGGUGUAAGCGGAGGUGCCGCCAUGAUGCCGGUAUAUCCCUACACGCCAUCUCUGCCAAACGGCGGAGGUUCUGGAGCUGGUCAAUCCGGCGGAAACGGUGUCAUGAUGGUCGCGGUUUCCGGCGCGGGUGGUAAUGCGGGAGGCCCAGCCAUGGGCUCUGGAAAAGGUGGAUCCGGAAUGGGCUUUGCUGGUUUCGGUGGACUCAGCUUUGGUGGUGACGCAGGCAUGGGAGGUGGAAGUGGAAACGGAAAUGGUGGUGGCAUCGUCAACAUGGGUUCCAAUGUCGUCGAUUUCGUCCCUAUGUCCAUGCCAUCAUUCGGUGGUUUCCCUAAUCGCCCCGACACGAGUCCAGUCAACAUGAACGCCGUCGCCAUGAACCUGCAAGGAGGAAGUGGCGCUAGUGGCAUGAACGCCGGUGCUUUUGGCGCUGGGGGUAUGGGCGGAAACGCUGGUACUGGUAAUGGAGGCGGUGCAGGGAUUGGCGGAGAUGCUGGUAUGGGAGGAUUUGGUCUAGGAAACAUGGGCUUUGGUGGAGCAGGAUCCGGUAUGGGAAGCAUGAAGGCCGCUGCCAUGAACGCGGCUAUAAACGCAGGAAGCAUGGGCGGUUUUGCAGGAGGAAUGAACGCAGGAUCUGGGUUUAAUGCCGGUAAUGGCGGUAUGGGAUCGGGAAAUGCGGGUAUGGGUGCCAAUAUGGUCGCUGUCGAUAUGGCUGCUAUAAACGCCAUGGCCGGUGCUGGAAUAAAUGGGGGAAUGAACGGCGGCAUGAAAGCUGGCAUGGGCGGUGGAAUUAACGCUGGCAUGGGCGGUGGAAUGAACGCUGGCAUGGGCGGUGGAAUUAACGCCGGCAUGGACGGUGGAAUGAACGCUGGCAUGGGCGGUGGACUUAACGCCGGUAUGGGCGGUGGAAUUAACGCCGGCAUGGGCGGUGGAAUGAACGCUGGCAUGGGCGGUGGAAUGAACGCUGGCAUGGGCGGUGGAAUGAACGCUGGUGGUUUUGGAGAUUUCGGCGCUGGUAUGGGCGGCGGUAACGGAGGCGUUGGUGGUCAAGCAGGCGGUAUGAACGCAGUGAUGGUGCCUGUAGCCAUGGUCCCGUCGGGUGGUGCCGGAGGUGCUGGUUCGAUGGGGUUGGGCGGCAAGGGAGGCUCCGUCAGCGGAGGCAUCGCAGGUUUCGGAACGCAGGGCCUCACUCCCAUUGGAAACGGAUGUUACAUUGACCAGGCCGGCAACAUUGUGAAGCUGGGUGCAGGAGUAGCGGGAGCCGGAAACAAAUGGUAACCGCUCGGAUGGAGAUUGCAUGCUUACAAUCCGACAUAUUGUGUGAGUCCCCCGGUCAAAUAUACUACAGCUUCUGCUAAUCUGCGCUGGUCGUACAGUCCAGUGCACAAUGUUUCACCAUUGUUUGCUUUUGUAUUGUAUUUUUGAAAUAAAUUGCUUGUUUUGCACA